ACAAGAGCGACAUUCUUCAAAUCGCAGGGCGAGCUGUUACCCGUGUAUGUAUCAGAGCUCAUCUUUCACCUCCAAUCGUCCACCAUUCCUCCAAAUCCCUCAGUCCACCACAUUUCUACAUUGGCGCUGAUCGUCUCGCGAAGCAGUCAAAGGAAUACCUCCAACGCGAGGUUAUGUGAACACCACAGUAUAUCCAAGCAAGACUGGGCUAGGAUAUCCUCCAGCGAGCAAUGAGCAUCGAUAUGAACCAGGCGGCAGACGCCAUUCUGCAAGCCGCCCGACAAGAAGCAUCUUUGGACGAGUUGAGCGAUGUGGACGGAGACGGCUCGAGCAGCUUGAGCGAGAUUGAGUAUCGAGAAUCUCACCAAGAUGAGGAGGCCGAAGCCUCAGAUGAUCACAGCAAUGCGUCCGACAACGAUAAUGAUUCCGAGGCGGAGACGGAAAGACUCGAAGAGUCUCCUAACAAAAUUCGAACCCACAAGGACGUCGUCUUGAGCUCCCACAACGACGGCCAAGUCUACGAGCGGAGUCCAAGCAAGCUAAACAAUCAAAUAUCGGCAGAUGAUGAAGACGGCGAAGAAGAUGAAGCCCCAUUGUCUGACGACGACAUCUCCGUCCACGGGUCCCCUAAGAGCUCUGUUCACGAUGACGCUGCCGAACCAACAACGGUCGCAACAUCAUUAGAUGAUUCCUCCGGCGAAAAGAAGAGGGCUCUAUCGGUCACAGAUUCUGAUACUCGAAAGCGCAAACGAUCUACAGGCGCAGCCAGUGUCUUGGACAACGAUGCCGACGAACCUUUACGCAAGCGCACAGGGUCCGUGAUGACGCCCGGCGAUGACUAUGCGAUUGAAGACGAGGAACACCCCGAAGAAGAGGGCGAUACAUCCAAUCCUACAAGCGGGAAUAUGUCUGGUGAGGAAGGCGGGGAACACGAAGACGAGGUGCCUGAAGAGCCCCAACCGCCUAUUGUGGCCGAGGAAGAGGCCCCGGAGACGACUGAGAUACCAACAUCCCCCAAGAAGCGGGGCCGGAAGAAGAAGAAACCCGUUGAGAAUGGAAUCAGCAGCCACGACGAAGACCCAGAAGCUCGCCCUGAGGGUAAUGCGGUAUUAAAUGGUGACGACGAAAACCCAGAAAAUGAGGCGGAGGAUGAGGCAGAGAUUGCAUUAAAGAAUGAAGACGAACUGGAAAGGAAGCGCAUUGCGCUGGAACAGUUAGGGACAAUCGAGCGACAGUUCGCAACCUUCAGAGACCGACUAUACGAUGAUCGCCUUGAGCAAUUGAAUCGUGAAGAGGCGAUGCUUCGACAAGAUAAACCCACACAUCCUGAAUACCUCGCAAUGAUGCAAUGUAUUGAUGCUCGACGAGACGAGAGGAUUCGAGUGAGCCAGAAGCUACGAGAAUACGAACUACAAACCCUUAGGACAUACGCAGUGGCAAGGAGGAGUCAGAUUCUCGUACAAUUUAAGCAAGACGUCCGAGCUAUACGGGAAAAGAAGCUAGAACAACUGGGUAAACAAUGGUACGAGAUACAACAUGACCGAAGGAGUUACGCCGGCAGCGUGCCAGACUAUAUCCUGAAGUUUCCGACACGGCGGUCACAGCAGGUUAUGAACCAAGUUGCGUACAGUAAUGAAGUCUCGAUUCUUUCUGGCGUCGCAAAAUAUGUUGGAUUUCCUGCUGCUCCGCCAAUGGCCACUGCCACAGAUGCAGAAUUAGAAGAAGAUCUACAAAAAAUGGGGCUAACUCGAGAUCAGCGAGCGAAGCAGCCUCAUACCAUGCAGCCUGUAGGGUUGCCACUCCAAGAACUGGCCGCGCUACGUACAGCAGGAUCGACAUCCAGUUUUAAGCCGGCUGAAGAGCAAUUCAUUGAGCAGACACCAUGGGCGAACCCUCAACAUCCUUCACACGUGCAUCUACUUCAACGGCAGACUUCAGGCCAACAAGCGUCCAGGACAACCAGCCCUCUUUCGCAGGUCCCUCAGCCGCGCCGGCAGUCACACCAGCAUGGUCUAGGAGGACCGAUUUCGGGAACCUUUUCAAGCUCUUCAUCCUCAUUGCAACAUACGAAUGGCCUCCCUUUCGGAGGCCAAGCGUCUGGUCGUGUAUCCCCUCACAAUCCGUUCUCAAAUCCCGCUCACUCUCACACAAUCGCCCCGUCGCCAUUAGGCAGCCGCCAAACGUCAUUGUCACCACAAUUGAGCCGUCCGCAACCGACAUUGCCAGAUGAUGGUCCCAAAAGUAAUGGGAUUCAGCAUUCAACCCCAGCGGCAAGUUCUGGUUUCUUGGAAAGACCUCGUGAUUUUCCACAGGAGGCUAGGCGAGAGCAGUCGUCUACCGUCUUGGGCCGAUUUUGA